UAAAAGUUGUUUAUAAAAUAUAGUACAGCCUAUGGCGUUUUUCAAUAACUAAAGAUUAUUGUUAUGGACAACCAGGAAUUUGAUACAGAAGAAGAAGACGAUGAUGUAGAUCAAGAAGAAACAUACGAGUUCAACUUUAUAAACCUACCCUGGGACGAUCGCACCAAAGAGAGUAAAGUGCUGAUGAUCUCGCUCCUUGUAUCUAUUCUCUUAGCGACUUUUGCAGUAGUCAUUAACAAUGUAGCAAUUCAUUAUAGAAAUUCUGACAAUAAUUCAUCCGAUGACCGAGAACCUGAAUGCAAUUUAGUGAGAGUCGAGAAUUAUCCUUUCGUAGCCAGAAUUUACUCCUUUUCGCCCAAUAAGCUGAUUUGUUUGGGAGUCGUUUUGUCGCGUACUACAAUUUUGACAGGAGGGCUUUGUAUGAAAUUUAGCCCCAUUUACAUUAAAUUGGGAAGUACUUUUAACCCUCGAUGCAAAAAAGGGUAUUCCGUCGACGAGAUGUUUUAUAUACCUCACAUGGGGGCGCUCACGAAGUCACUAGCAGUGAUAAUAACCAAGGACAAUUUGAGCGAGUGCUCAGAAUCAAUCCCGAUCGGCAUGGCCUUCAAUUACGAGCAAGACGUGGAAAUUAUUGGCAAGCCGCGCAGGAGUUUGAAGACUUUGUCGUUGCAACUGGGAAUUCCCACUCCAGCAAUCAACAGCAGCGAGACCAUAUGCGUCCAGGGCCUAGAGCGGUGCCCGGUCCGUGUGAGCGAUGUGCUAAUACAGGAAAAUAGGUUCUUUGGCCUGGGAGCGACGAGCGUCCACAAACGAGAGCACGUGAAGAAGGCAUGCUUCGCUAGCAUACAGCAUAUCACCAACGAAAUAACAGCUCUAGAUCCAAAAAUUAAAUUAGCUUAUUGAUGCCAGAUAAUCAAAAUAUGCAUAAUAUUAAUAAAAAUAACA